AUGAAAGAACGCAUAAAGAAAGCCGAUCAGGCUUCGGAGACGGCCCCCCAGAAGAGCCAUACUGGUAGAAGAAGCGAAACAAAUGGAAAACCGACCGAGAAAAACAAUAAACCAAAAGUACCAAAGAAGCAGUUUCCUUUUGUGAAACACCAGGAAAAUGCCAAAUGGUAUGAUUAUCAGAUAAACGAAAGGCUCGGAGCGGACGACUCGACUCUUCCAACUGAAAAGUUUAAAGAAAUAUUUGAUGAGGCACACAUGCUUUUACAAAACGAUGUUUAUCUCUACAAUCAAUUGAUGAGGUCACAAGGCGGGUCUGAAGCGGCAUGGUUACAGACUGUGGUUUCGAAAGGAACGUCCGGCGAUCGAAUGACAGCUAUGCAACUGCAAAUCACAAAAAGUCCUGUCCAUGGGAUAUCUUUCAUCAGUGAACUGGUUCGACAGUGCGAGAAGCAGAAUAUCCGGCAAUCGAUGGAGACUAUGCCUCUCUUGGAAAAGAUUUUGAUUGACGAAUUGUUGCCCGAGACGAGGAAGUUGAUUUCAUUUGAAAUGCGCCCACUGGCUCGACUAAACGAAAUUGCUUCUGGUAGUGAACAAGGACGAAAACGAAUCUUGGUCUUGUGGAUGUUCGAGCAUGAGCUCAAGAAGAUUUAUGCGUCUUUUAUUAAAAGUCUUGAACUAUUGGCAAAUGGAGCAGUUGAAACCGCAAUUCUUCGCUCAGUUAAAAUUAUUUCCAACCUAUUGGCAGAAAGGCCAGAAGCUGAGGCGCAACUUCUCACCAGUCUUGUCAACAAGUUGGGACAUCCAAAUUACAAAGUCGGUGCUCGAAUUGCUCAUUUGUUAGAAGGUGUUUGUGCAAGACAGCCCGCUAUGAAACAAGUGGUCGUUACUGAGGUUGAGCGACUAGUUUACAGAAAGAAUAUCAACGAUCGAGGACACCUUUAUGCGGCAACCUUUCUUUCACAAUUACCAUUUAGUCGUCAUGAUCCAGAAUUGGCUGUUCAAACAGAACCAAGACUUUUGCGCAUUUUAUUGACGGCUUCAAAUCGAGCUUUUCCUUUUGCAAAAGCCAAAGCCGAAUCCCUUGUUUCGGACAUCGACACUUUAUACAAAUUGAUGCACACGUCAACUUUCACUGUUUCUUUGCAAACCCUGAAGCUGCUCUUUCAAGUUCUUGAGCUUAGUGAUUCAUUUUCCGAUCGCUAUUAUUCGGCACUGUAUCGGAAGCUUUUU